GUUUCAUGAUGGUGAUGGUUGUGGUGGUGGUGAUUCUGCUGCUGCUGGUGGCGGCCAUCCAAGACGAACAGAGCGGAAUUGAUCAUUUCCACCAUCGCAUGCAGCACGAUCAGCAUAACAAGAAAAGAACCCAUGACGUGCAGCAUUUGCUGGAUACUUCUAUACGUUUCUGUAUGUAGGGAAGUGGAUUGAUCCACUCUACUUCAAUGA